AUGGCAGGAACUACAAUUGAUUUAAACUUGAAUGAUACAGAUGAUAUUGAUGAAACAUUUGUUUCACAUAAAAGUGCCGAUCCUGAAACUGAACAAUUUGAUCAAACAAUUGGUCUUAUUGAAGAUAUGAUUAUGGAUGAAGAAUUUCGUUCUAUACAACAAGCAUUUUUAACAAAAUAUGCACAUGAAUUUGAUCCUGAUUUGGAUGAAAAUAAAUUAAUUUAUACUGAUAUUCAUCGAGAAUAUUUAACAAUAGUUGAAGAUUUUGUUAUAAAUAAAAUAAAACGUUCACAACCAAAUUUUAAUCUUGAUCUAUUUAUGAAACAAUUAGAAUCUCGACAAGAAGAAUUAGAAGAAGAAAUAUUUGAAUUUCUUUUAACAUUUACCGAUUUUCUUGCAUUUAAAGAAUGGAUGCUUGAUCAUCGUCGUUCAUUAACAUUACCAAUAUUAGAUAUUAAUUCAUGUUUGCAAUCAAUUAGUUUACCAAGUGCACGUGGAACAAAUCCAACACCAUUACUUGAUCAAGUUAAAUUGGAUGAUGAUAACUCAACAACAAAUCAACAACAAUCAACAUCAUUUGAUUUAGGUAUUACAGGAACAAAAAUAAAAAAACCUCAAGAUCCAAAAAAGAAAUAA